GCCGUGGCUCAUUUGCUUUAUGUCGGUGCCGGCGAGGAAUGCACGGAAGCGAAUAUGAUAAGUUGUGGUACAACGCUACAGAGGCAUUGAUGCCAUUGACCAGUCUCCAAUGUUUUCGUCGUGUGGGAUUCUUGAUUCAUUUUUCUGCAGUCUGUGAAGUGCGAAAUGGACAAAGCUGGACUCGAUGCGUCCCCGGUCCAAUAUGUGCAGUCGGGUUUCUUGAUCCUCAAAUUAAACAAGAUGAACUUCGAGUUGCACCGCUUCAGAUGAUGGCGGAAAAACGCAUUGUACCCGCGCAUAAACGGCUGGAGUAGACGGCAGUCCGCAGCAGGCAGUGAGGGAAAAGGUAUAAAAGCCAGAGUAUCACUGACGAGGUAGAGCAACAACCUUCUGAAGUCUUCUCUACCAAUUGCACAUUCAAGCUUUCGACAACUAUGCUCUUCAAGCAGCUCGUCCUUCUGGCUGUUAUCGCCGCUGCUACUGCUGUACCGGCGCCGCAUGAUGGGCAUGCUCUUGAGUUGGGUGCGUUGCAACCACCACCGCCCCCCGCGCAAGGUAUUCCGGGAGGAAAGCGUGACGCGCAGGGGCCCCCGCCUCCUCCGCCACCUCACGGAAAGCGUGACGCGCAAGGGCCCCCGCCUCCUCCCCCACCACACGGAAAGCGUGACGCGCAAGGGCCCCCGCCUCCUCCACCACCACACGAAAAGCGUGACGCGCAGGGUCCUCCCCCGCCUCAUCCGCCGCCUCACGGAAAACGUGACGCGCAGGGACCCCCGCCUCCUCCCCCACCACACGGAAAACGUGACGCGCAGGGACCCCCGCCUCCUCCCCCACCACACGGAAAGCGUGACGCACAGGGUCCUCCCCCGCCUCAUCCGCCGCCUCACGGAAAGCGUGAUGCGCAGGGCCCGCCUCCGCCUCCGCCCCCAGUCCUUCACAAGGACAACGCUUAA